GGAUUAGUCAAUAAUCUACAAAAUGGACGAAUUAAAGAAAUUCACAUUCAAAACCAUGAAAAAACGUCAACCUAAAAAAAUUGAGGUCAAAGAUACCAAAGAAGUGGACGAAUUAGACUCUCUGAACGUCGAAGAACUAAUCGAACGAUUCGAACAGAUCCUGGUUUAUAAAACCCUUAUAUUAUAGGAUGACAUGAACUUGGCUGAAGAAAAGCGACAUCCUCUUAGAGAACAAACUAUAAAUCAAAAGAAACAAAUGAUCCGACUUAACAACAGUCGUUCUUACACUUUGUCGACCCUCGAUCCAGCAGCAGUGAUUUCCGACCUCAGAAUGGCGGAUCACAAGGGAGCUAAAAGACUCACUCUUUUACGGAAACUAAGAGUUAACAUUCAAAGCAACAAAUUGCAGUGGAUAAAGUCAUUUGGGAGAGAGGGAUUGAUAAUGCUGUUAAGUUUGGUUAAAAAAAGCAUCAGUGACGCUUUAUUCGAAUGGUCAAUGUGCCUCCAACUUAUCAACGCGUUAGUGACCACACCCGACGAUUGGGAAUUCCGUCAUCAUUUGAGGGCGGAAUUUAUGCGUUUGGGAUUGGGAGAGAUGCUAGAUAAAUGUAUGUUUAGUACUGUUGACAUGUGUUUGGAGAUGCUCAAAAAGUCAUCUCAGGGCUCAACCUCGGAAAAAUCUCUGACUUCGAUUUUGCAACAUCUCAUAUUCAUAAGGGAUGAGCCAGUGAUUUGUGAGUUAUACAUGAAACUGAUCGAGUGCUGUGUUGGCCAAAUUGUCCUCAGGAAAAACAACUAUGACCCCGAUCCGGCAUAUAAAUUAUUCGACUUUGACAUGGAGCAAAUUAUUUGUAAUUUCUUGUAUUUAUUGCAAGAUUCUUUUGAGGGAAAACUGACAGAGAAUGAAAGGAUUAUUGAGAAAUUGAAAACUGAUUAUGACGACAAAUUGUCGACCUCGCUCACAUCAAAAACGGAGGCCGAAACUAAUGUCUCCUUGCUUGAAGCCAAGGUUAACAUGUUGGAGAACAUUUGCAGGAAGAAAGAACAAAAUGAGACUAAUGAACUCGACUUGGAAAAUGUUAAAACAACACCGAUCAAAAUCGUUAGUGAAAUAAAGUCAUCAACCGACGAGACCUUGUCUCCACCACCUUCUCAACUGAUCAUUCAAAACACCCCUAUUUUGAUGGAAAAUGAAGAUUUGUCGCCCUCACCAGUGCCACUUGUAAUUCCAGAUAAUCCGCUUUCGGUGGAAAAUGCAAAUAUUCCGGCCUCAUCAGAACCGAUGGUGAUUGAAAAAAAGUCUCCUUCAGUGAGCAGUGAUAGUCCCCCAUCUGUUGAAAAUACAAAUGUUCCUCCCCCGCCAGAACCUAUGGUGAUUGAAAGCAAGUCCCCUUCAGUGAACAGUGCCAAUGUUCCUCCCCCGCCACCACCAAUGGUCAUUAGAGGAAAGUCUCCUUCAGUGGGCAAUGCUAAUGUUCCGCCCCCACCAGCACCGAUGGUGAUUGGAAGCAAGUCUCCUUUAGUGGGCAGUACUAAUAUUCCUCCUCCACCAGCACCGAUGGUCAUUGGAGGAAAUUCUCCUUCGGUGGGCAAUGCUAAUGUUCCGCCCCCACCACCACCGAUGGUUAUUGGAGGAAAAUCCCCUUCAGUGGGCAAUGCCAAUGUUCCGCCCCCACCACCACCGAUGGUCAUUGGAGGAAAGUCCCCUUCAGUGGGCAAUGCUAAUGUACCGCCCCCGCCAGGACCGAUGGUCAAAGGAGGAAACUCCGGUAGCAAUGUUCCACCUCCUCCACCUUUUGGUAUGAGUGGAGGUAAUGCUCCACCUCCACCAAUGGGAAAUGUAAUUCCUAAUCUCGUUUUGCCAUUUGGAAUGAAAUCAAAGCCAACAUAUCCCACAACCCAACCUCCCACCAAACGAUUAAAUUGGGAUAAAGUGAGACCGCAAACCUUCAAAGAGGAAAGUGUGUGGACUAAAAUGAACGAUGAAAAUUACGUUGAUGACAAAUUAUUAGAAAAAACUCUACAGAUAUUUGCAUCUAAACCUAAUGCGACGAUUAUGUUUGGACAACUAAGAAAGUCUCCUGAUGAAAUAAAACAAGCAUUUCUUGCCAUAGAUUCGCCCAUGUUGACACUGAACCUUGUUGAACAGUUCAUUAAGAAUCUCCCAAGCAAUGACCAGUUGGAAAUGCUGAAAGAAAUAAGAGAAGAAAUAGACGAUUUGCAGGACUGUGAGCAGUGUUUGGCAGUUGCAAUUUCCUCCGUGACUGCAGCUUCUUCUGAAGUUGUGAAAAGUAAUAAGUUGAGUGUACUGCUCAACUUGAUUCUUUCCGUGGGGAAUAUUCUCAAUGCUAAUUCACGGAACUCGGAUACCUAUGGCUUUAAUGUUACAUUUCUUACUAAGGCAAGAUACUUUGGAAAACCUGUAGUUGUUGCACAUGGGGAAGAAGGUGUUGUCGAUUCGUUGCUUGAGGCUCUCAAAUCUGGAUCAGCUUUUAAGAAGGGACCUGAACAACGAAAAAGAAGACGCCCCCGAAGUAUAUUUGUCUUUUUUAUUUUAGAUGAUCUGCUUAUAAAUAUAAACUGUUAAAUUUAAUCUAACUUGAAGCUGAA